GUAGCCCUGCUGGACCGCAACUCCGAGGCCGGGCAGGAGAGCAAGGCGGCCCUGGACGAGCAGUUCGAAGCGCAGAGGACGGUGUUCAUCCAGUGCGACGUUACGGACCAGGAGCAGCUGAGAGGUGCUUUCAAAAAAGUAAUUGAACAUUUUGGAAGGCUGGAUAUUGUGGUUAAUAAUGCUGGAGUGAACAAUGAGAAGGACUGGGAAAGCACUAUACAAAUUAACUUGGUAAGCAUUAUCUCCUCUCACAUGUCCAUAUUUUAUUUAAUGCUGGAAUAUACCUGA